UGAGCCUCAAAAGUAAACAGGAAAAGUUCUCAGGUAUUUUCUGUGUCACCUAAUUCCGAGACAUUGAACAAAAUAUGUUGCUGAAGGGAUCCGUGUCAUUCGAGGAUGUGAUCGUGGAGCUCACCCAGGAGGAAUGGAGGAGGAUGGGCCCCAGGGACCGGAGCCUAUACAGGGAUGUGAUGCUGGAGAACUACGGCCACCUUGUUGCAGUGGGGUGUUGCAUUACCAAACCCAAGGUUAUCCUCAAGUUGGAGCAAGGAGAAGAACCAUGGUCCCUAGAAGUCAAAUUCCUAAACCAGAAGUACCCAGGAUAUUAUAAAAUUGAUGACCACAUAAAAGAGAUCCAAGAAAAACCAAAGAAGCCUGUGUGUCAAGUAAUAUUUGCUGAUGACAAUGAUAAAACAUUGAGUAAAGAAGAACAGAAAGUUUUAGAAAGACCAUUAAAUCUGGGCAUAGCUCCAGAGUUUUCAGGAAAAAUACCCUGUAAAUGUGACUUUUGUGGAAAGAAUUUGCCAGUUGCUUCUGAGUUAAUUAUAAGUAAAAGAAACGAUUCAAGAAAGAAGGUUGAUUACGUGAAUGUGUUUCAGAAAUUGCAGCUUGAUUUCAAGCAUGAGAAAACUCAUCCUGGAGAGAAAUCUUAUGAAUAUGAUGAAAAUGUGAAAGCGCACAGUUAUAAGAAAGAUCAGUAUCAGAAAUUUCAAACUUUGGGGCAGUCUUUUGAAUAUAAUGAAUUUGGAAAUGUUUUAUAUGAUAAGACGGUGUAUUUUAGGCCAGAGACUUUUGUAACAAGAGAGAAGUCCUGUAAGGAUGGUGAAUUUAGGAUAAACUGUGAUAAAACCUUUUUACUUAACUACAUGACAACUGACACAAGGGAAAAAUGUUCUGGUCUUAAUGAAUGUGGGAAAUCCUGUGACAAAGCCACCAUUUUGGAGUACAAUAAAAUUCACAUGGCUGUAACACACCAUAAAUUUAAUGAAAGUGAGAUAAAUUUCAGUGAAAAGUCAUCCCUCAUUCAGUCUCAGAGAACUGUUAUAGAACAGAGUGCAGACGAAAGCAAUAAAUGUGAAGAAAACUUUAGCCACAGCUCAGGUCAUAUAGUAAGUCAGAAAACACAAAGUGGAAGAGAUAAAUUCUGUGAAUAUAAUGAAUGCACAAAUAUCUGCUACCAGAAAUUAGAUCUUACAAUACAUCUGAGAACUC